GAUUGGGGGGCUGAACCCAGGGCUCCAGUGGUUUGUGCCCCAGCCUCAUGGGUGGAAUGCGCCUGCCACCCCCAGGCUAGACAAGGGGGCUAAGGGUCAGGGUGGGCAUUUGUUGCACCCCUUUUUGACCUUUGUCAAACUCUGUAGGUCAGAGUUGGGUGAGGGGCUGGACAAUGAGUCUCCUCUUCCUUGAAAGGAGGAAUUUCGGUGGAGACAAUAGGGCCCUGUCUGCUCUGUAUGGGGGUGGUGGUGGCUGACUCAACUCUGUUCCCCUCUAGGCCCUGACAAAUGUCAUCAAGAAAUGGGGGCAAUUUUCCCCUGUUGUCCUGGGCUGCCCACCCCUGCUUCCUUUGUGAUGACUUGCCCUCCUUUCCUCAGCUGAUCUUGCCUCUUCUCCCAUGGUCUGAUCCUGCUUUGUUCUCUGCUUUGAUUUCCAGACCCUCAAUACUCCCCCAGAAUUUGUUCGUUGAAGGUGGGUGGGCAAGGGCCAGGGAUACUGGGGAUAUUAAAGCAGCAGCAGCCUUUGCUGAGUUGGGGGUUCCAGAACUAAGGGGUCUCAGAGGGUUGGGAAGAUACCUUUAGGGGGCCCUUUGCCGGGGUGGGAGUGAGGGUAGUGGGACUCGGACCCCACUGAGCAGAUCAAGUUGGUGCUGUGGAGGAGGCCUGAGGAAGGGGGCGGGAAUGGGAGGACUGUGUGGCCCAGCCCCUCCUCUCCUUUGCUGCUGCCCAGCCCGCCCACCAGUCUGAGUUGCUGCUGCUGAGACUGGUCUGCCUGGAGUCUCCAGGAGAGAGGGAAAGACAGGUGGGGAGAGGAAGUCAGCUGGGAAAGGGUAGGGGCUGCUCAGAGCCUUAGAGCGAGUGUGAGUUGGGGGGUGCUGUGGGAGGGAGAGGUGUGAGUAUGUGAGGGUAGUAGGGAUGUGUUUAAGGUGUGAGGCUGCCAGGUGCAUGGGUUUGUGUGUGAGGUAUGAGGAGUGUAAUGGUGAAUAUCUGAAGUUCUGAAGGUAGGAAGGUUACGGUAGAAGAGGGCUAGUUAGAGAUAUUAGAGAUCGGUCAUGUUAGAGAGGGUCACGAGGGGAGGUUAAUGUGUCUGGAGGGGAUUUGCAGGGAGGGUGUUAGGAUGUGACUGAUGUGCUGAAGGAAAGGUUGGUGUUAGUUCAGUGUACACACAGAUGCAGAUGAUCCUGGUGGCUAGUGCAAGUGUGUACAAAUCAAUGUUUUGCUGCCCUUCAAGGGCACCAGCAGACUGCUCUUGGAGGGACUGGAGCUGGAAAAGUCCAUAGGACAGGGGAAGGGCCUCCUUUAACCGCUUCUUGCCUGCAGCUGGCAGAGCCUGGAGUCAAGGAGAAUCAUGGGGUCCAGGGAUGAGCUGUGCACUCUCCUAGCCGGACUCUCAUUCUUCCUGCUACUGAUGUCAGGCGAGGGGGCCAAGGGUGGACCCCUCAAAGAGAGCCAGGGGAUCUGCUCCAAGCAAACAUUGGUGGUCCCGCUCCGUUAUAACGAGUCCUACAGCCAACCGGUGUAUAAGCCCUACCUGACUUUGUGCGAAGGAAGGCGCAUCUGCAGCACCUACAGGACCACGUACCGCGUGGCGUGGCGGGAGGUGAGGAGGGAGGUGCAGCAGCCCCACGUCGUGUGCUGCCAGGGCUGGAAGAAGCGGCAUCCGGGGGCGCUCACCUGUGACGAAGCCAUCUGUGCCAAGCCCUGCCUGAACCGUGGCGUGUGCAUUGGGCCAGAGCAGUGCGAGUGCGCCCCGGGCUGGGGGGGGAAGCACUGUCACGUGGACGUGGAUGAAUGUAGGACUGGCGUCACCCUUUGCUCGCACCAUUGCCUCAACACUGCAGGCAGCUUCACCUGUGGCUGUCCCCGUGGCCUGGUGCUGGGCCCCGACGGGCGCACCUGCACAGAGGGGGACCCGGAGACCCCAACCAGUGCCAGCAUCCUUAGCGUGGCAGUUCGAGAAGCGGAACCUGAUGAGCACGCCCUGAGCUGGGAGGUCCGUGAGCUUCGAGCGCGUCUGGAGCGGCUGGAGCAGUGGGCCGGUCAGGCUGGGGCCUGGGUCCGAGCGGUGCUGCCUAUGCCACCCGAAGAGCUGCAGCCUGAGCAGGUAGCCGAGCUGUGGGGCAGGCAUGACAGAAUCGAGUCUCUCAGCAACCAAGUGCUGCUGCUGGAGGAGAGGCUAGGUGCCUGUGAGUCCACAUGCCUGUCUGCUGGGACCCCCAUCCCCUGGCAGCUGGCCCCGACUCUUUCAGACACUUUUCCCCAGUUCAGUUUUCUCUUUUCCCAAAACUUUCUCCAACACUCACUCUUCCCACACUGUCCCAGCUACCUGCACAUCACUACCCUUUUUUCUGGUACCCUUCCCCGAUCCCUGUGUUCCACUUAUUGUCAGGUUAGUGUCGAGUCUCUACAGUGCCCAUCACCCACUCCAAGCUGGAGGCAGCCCCAGAAAUCCACAGUUCACAGCCAACCAGCCUGCCUGUCUCCUUGUCAUUAACCAGGCUCCUGUGAGGACAAUCGCCUGGGCCCAGGCCUCAAUCGGCUGCGAUAAGGAACCUCUGUAGAGCCUCUGCCCCCUAAUUUAUACAGAAACUGGACCCACUAAUCCUCUGGGAUUGGCCAGAUGGGGAGCUGCAGAUAAGGUUAUUUGCCACAA